AUGGAGAAAAUCCGCCGCAAGUCAAUUAGAUCUUAUCUUCCGCAUGUGCGGUUUCUGACAGUGCAUUAUGCUUACUUUAUUAUUGUGACCCUGGUCUGCUCCGGCAUCCUCUGGGGGUCCUCCACGCCGGCCCAUAGCCUUCGGUAUAUCGAUGCCCUGUAUCUGGCUGUCAGCGCCAUGACUCUUGCGGGCAUGAACACGGUCAAUCUAUCGACACUGAAUACAUUCCAGCAACUUUUGUUGUUCUUUCUGAUCAUGUCCGGCUCUGCUAUCUGGGUCUCUAUUGGUGUGGUUUUAACGCGCAAGCGUGCAUUUGAACGAAGAUUCAGUGAGCUUGUCAAAGCAGAGCGGCUAGAACGGAAAGCUCGAAGUCAAAUCGGACUGGGCCGCUCGCUGGCGAGAUCUCACUCGAUAUCGAGACAGCCCACUAUGCCAGAGGAACACCCAUGGGCUUCGGGAAUUCUCCCCAUUGUUCGCUCCCCGAGUCGAACGGAGCCUUUCCAGUCGGCCUCUGCCCUAGAUAGUCGUAUAUCUCAAAACGAGGGUCGAUCAUUACGUCCGCGAGGCAUGGGAUUGAAUGAGAAAGCGGGAAGCCGAAGCACCCUCGAGGGGGAUUACGACUCACUGACAGCAAGAGAGGCAAAUGUGGAAGCGACGAGUGGUACUCUUGAGAUUCAAAAGAGCAAUGCAGACACUGGAACGCACGUGGCUUUUUCGCCCAGUUCCGAAGCGGUCCAAGACGAACAGGCACACUCUUUACGGCAUCGCAUGCUCUCCCCCUACACAAAUGUCUUGGAUCGCACAAAUACCCUUGGUGAAUUGGAGCGAGGCUCAUCUGCAGAUCAGACCUUAGGAGGGGAUCUUCACGCGGAUAUCCUCCGAAAACUGAACCGCAACUCCUCGUUUUACAAUCUGACCGAGAAAGAACGCCAACGCCUGGGGGGCGCCGAAUAUCGGCUUCUCGGUGGACUGGGGCUGGGCGCUUAUCUUGCCAACAACAAAGCGUCAGUAACAGAGUCCAAUGGCUUGAACCCGUGGUGGACGGGCUUUUUCUUUGCGGUUUCAGCCUUUAACAACUCUGGAAUGAGCCUACUCGAUGCAAACAUGGUCCCCUUUCAAACAUCACCUUACAUUCUCAUUACCAUGGGCUUGCUAAUACUUGCGGGCAAUACUUGCUAUCCCAUUUUCUUACGGUGCAUUGUGAAGGCGAUUCAUCUCAUGCUUCCCAAGCACGCGUACUUUGAUCAAUUUAGAGAUACUUUGACGUUUUUGCUGAAUCAUCCGCGUCGAGUAUAUACGACCUUGUUCCCGUCUGCGCAUACCUGGUGGCUCCUUCUCUCGGUCAUUGUUCUCAAUGGUAUUGACUGGCUUGCAUUUGAGGUGCUUAACCUAGACAACCCAUCUGUCACCUCGAUCCCGACCGGGGCGCGAGUAUUGGACGGGCUAUUCCAAGCUCUCUGUGUUCGGAGCGGAGGCUUUUAUUUGAUCAAUAUCGGAGGGCUCCAGCUCGGAACGCAAAUGAUCUACGUGGUCAUGAUGUACAUCUCUGUGUAUCCUGUGGUGAUUACGAUGCGCCAUUCCAAUGUGUAUGAAGAGAGGAGCUUAGGCAUAUACGCGGAUGAUCUGUCGGCCGAAAAUCGAGAAGACGACUCAUCCUCGGACGAUUCCACGAGCGCACUUUCAAUGGCUCCGACCGCAAGCAGAUUCUACUUCAUUCGGCAUCAACUACGCUCUCAGCUGGCCUACGAUCUCUGGUGGAUUGCCCUGGCCGUCAUCAUUGUCUGCAUUGUCGAAGCAGGCCAGUUCACCAAGGAUCCAGUCACCUUCUCCGCCCUGAACAUCAUCUUUGAGACCGUGAGUGCUUAUGGAUGUGUCGGCAUAAGCACCGGUCUGCCUGAUCAGCUCUACAGCUUUUCUGGAGGCUGGCACACGCUGAGCAAGCUUGUCCUUUGUGCGGUGAUGAUCCGUGGACGGCAUCGUGGACUGCCCGUGGCGAUUGAUAAGGCGAUCAUGCUACCGAGUGAUAAGCUCAUGAGAGCCGAAGAGGAGGAUGCUCAAAUUCGAUUGGAGAGGACCAUGAGUCGCAGAUGA